AUGACCAAGAUGGAUAUCCGGGGCGCUGUGGAUGCUGCUGUUCCCACCAACAUCAUUGCCGCCAAGGCUGCAGAAGUCCGUGCGAACAAAGUGAACUGGCAGUCCUACCUGCAGGGGCAGAUGAUUUCUUCUGAAGACUGCGAGUUCAUCCAAAGAUUUGAGAUGAAAAGAAGUCCUGAGGAGAAGCAGGAGAUGCUUCAGACUGAAGGCAGUCAGUGUGCUAAGACAUUUAUAAAUCUGAUGACUCAUAUUUCCAAAGAGCAGACAGUUCAGUACAUACUCACCCUGGUGGAUGAUACGCUGCAGGAAAAUCACCAACGUGUUAGCAUUUUUUUUGACUAUGCUAAACGUAGCAAGAACACUGCCUGGUCCUACUUCCUGCCUAUGCUGAAUCGCCAGGAUCUCUUUACUGUUCAUAUGGCAGCAAGAAUUAUUGCCAAGUUAGCAGCUUGGGGAAAAGAACUGAUGGAAGGCAGCGACUUGAAUUACUAUUUCAACUGGAUAAAGACUCAACUGAGUUCACAGAAACUGCGUGGUAGCAGUGUCGCUGCUGAAACAGGAACAGUCUCCUCAAGCGAUAGUUCCCAGUAUGUGCAGUGUGUGGCCGGGUGUCUGCAGCUGAUGCUCCGAGUCAAUGAGUACCGCUUCGCCUGGGUGGAGGCAGAUGGGGUGAACUGCAUCAUGGGCGUCCUGAGUAACAAGUGUGGCUUUCAGCUGCAGUAUCAGAUGAUCUUUUCCGUAUGGCUCCUGGCUUUCAGCCCACAGAUGUGUGAACACCUGAGGCGCUACAACAUCAUCCCUGUCCUGUCUGACAUCCUGCAGGAGUCGGUCAAAGAGAAGGUGACGAGGAUCAUUCUGGCAGCAUUCCGUAACUUCUUAGAGAAGUCAACUGAACGAGAAACUCACCAAGAGUAUGCCCUGGCGAUGAUUCAGUGCAAAGUCCUGAAACAGCUGGAGAACUUGGAGCAGCAGAAGUACGACGACGAAGACAUCAGUGAGGAUAUAAAGUUCCUCUUGGAGAAACUCGGUGAGAGUGUCCAGGACCUCAGCUCAUUUGAUGAAUACAGUUCAGAACUUAAGUCUGGAAGGCUGGAGUGGAGUCCUGUGCACAAAUCUGAGAAAUUUUGGAGAGAGAAUGCUGCGAGGUUAAAUGAAAAGAAUUAUGAGCUCUUGAAAAUUUUGACCAAACUUCUAGAGGUGUCCGACGAUCCCCAAGUCUUAGCUGUUGCCGCCCAUGACGUUGGGGAGUAUGUGCGCCAUUACCCUCGAGGCAAGCGGGUCAUCGAACAGCUGGGUGGGAAGCAGCUGGUGAUGAACCACAUGCACCACGAGGACCAGCAGGUGCGCUACAAUGCCCUCCUGGCCGUACAGAAGCUCAUGGUGCACAACUGGGAAUAUCUUGGUAAACAACUCCAGUCUGAACAGCCGCAGACGGCAGCUGCCCGGAGCUGA